UGCCAUCUGUCCACUCAGCUGAAUUUCUUCGCUCUUUUCAAGUUUUCUCUGUCGGGUUGUUGCUUUACACGGUGCCGAUCUGUCGAAAGUGAUGGCUUCGUUUGCAGCUCGGGGAUUCCUCAAGGUUCCGGCCGGAAUCAAACUGCCCCUCAGCAACCACGGCGCGAGAUGCAUCGCUACGACGGCUCCUCAACUCGCGCAGACCAAAAAGACUGUCCAAGACAAGACUGGCAAGAAUGUGGUGCUGGUUGACGCUGUGCGAACGCCCUUCCUGCUGUCCGGCACCAGCUACUCGAAGCUGAUGCCCCACGACCUCGCCAGAGCCUCCCUGCUGGGACUUUUGCGCAAAACUGGAAUCCCUAAGGAGGAAAUCGAUUAUGUUAUUUACGGCACUGUGAUCCAAGAGGUGAAAACCAGCAACAUCGCUCGUGAAGCUUGCCUCAGCGCCGGUUUCUCUGACAAAACACCCGCUCACACAGUCACUAUGGCCUGCAUCAGUUCAAACCAAGCCAUCACCACAGGUAUCGGCAUGAUUGCUGCUGGAGCAUAUGAUGUCAUUGUGGCCGGUGGAGUCGAGUUUAUGUCUGAUGUGCCCAUAAGGCACUCGCGAAAAAUGCGCAGUCUUCUCUUGAGGGCUAACAAGGCGAAAACGAUGGGCCAGCGUCUUUCUCUGCUCUCCACCAUCAGGCCAGAUUUCUUCGCUCCAGAGUUGCCGGCUGUUGCCGAGUUUUCGACGAACGAAACGAUGGGCCACUCCGCUGAUCGGCUUGCCGCCGCGUUCAAAGUGAGUCGGCAAGAACAGGACGAUUAUGCGAUGCGCUCGCACCAGCUGGCGCACCGCGCGCAGGAAAACGGCCACUUGACCGACAUUGUUCCAUUCCAAGUGCCCGGCGUGGCUGAGACCGUCACCAAGGACAAUGGUAUCCGCAUCUCCACACCCCAGCAAAUGGCCAAGCUGAAGCCAGCCUUUGUCAAGCCCCAUGGAACCAUCACUGCCGCCAACGCCUCAUUCUUGACUGACGGUGCUUCUGCUUGCCUGCUCAUGACUGAAGCCAAGGCCAAAGCUCUGGGGCUGAAGCCAAAAGCAUACCUCCGAGACUUUGUCUACGUCUCCCAGGACCCCAAGGACCAGCUCCUGCUUGGACCAACUUAUGCUACUCCCAAGGUCUUGGAGAAGGCUGGACUCACUGUCAAGGAUAUUGACGUUUGGGAAGUGCAUGAAGCCUUUGCCGGCCAAAUUUGCGCGAACCUGAAGGCCAUGGACUCUGACUGGUUCGCAACGACCCAGAUGGGCCGCAAGGAAAAGGUCGGCAUGCCCGACAUCAACAAGUGGAACCUGUGGGGUGGCUCCCUCAGCAUUGGACAUCCGUUCGCUGCCACUGGCGUACGUCUCGCCAUUCACACUGCUCACCGUCUCAUCAAGGAAGAUGGCCAGUUUGGUCUCGUCACCGCCUGCGCCGCUGGAGGACAGGGCGUCGGCAUGAUUAUCGAGAGGUACCCAGGAGCAACAGUUUAAAGAAUGAUUUACCAAAAGCAAGAAAAUGUACAUAGCUAUUUUUCUUAACUGCGAGCAAGACUUGAGGAAUGGUGGAACAUAGCCAACUAUUGUUUUAAAGCAAAAUUUAAACCUGCACUACUGGCAUCACUGUUGACAUUGCUGUAUGACGAGUUGUACUUUAUAUAAUUAUUGAUUUCCCCAUUUGUGUAGUUAUGAUUCCAAAUACAAUCCUUGUUUUUGUUAAGAAAA